AUGACCAACAAGACAACUCCAAUCGACUUGAACCAUUUCAAUGAAGUGACGCUAAACAACCUCCUAACUCAAUUAAGCAAGAUCUACUCAACUUCAAAUCUACUCGUAUUAGACCCAGUUCUUUCGCCUUUAAUAAAUAGCCUUUCAACUUUUCUGAUCAUUAAAGAACAUGCCCAUUGUCAAAACGUCACUUGGUUAAAUGAUGAAUUGGCUGAAUUACCGUCUUCUGUGUUAUCUGAAUACUCAAGUUUGAUCAUGUUACUACCUGAAUCAGAGAUUAAUUUGCAAAAAUUGGAAAUGAGUAUACGACAUAUACAACAAGAAAAUCCUGGUUUAAAAUUCAAUAUAAUAGUCAAGGAUUUAUCCAAGGCAUUCUUGUAUCAAAUUAACAAGAUAUUUAAUGGCAUAUUUGAUUUUGAGAAAAUAUUGGCAUUGUCUGAACCAUUAAAAGCUGUUAGUAUCACGUCAAAAAUUAAAGUAUUCAAUUGGGUUACUGAACCAUUAUAUACCGACGGCAUAUUAAUCACUGAAAUUGGCCAAUAUUCAGGCUUGGAUGAUUACUUUUCCCGACCAAUUAAACUGAUUAAUCAAUUGACUAAAGCUUUGAUUGAAGUGUUGUUUAUGGGUAUUAAAAAAGAAGAUGAACACAAACACCUUUUCAAACUUCGAAAUAUUUAUGGCAAGGGAAACCAUUCAGAUUUGUUAAUCAAGACUCUAUUACAAGCUCAAAUACCUAAUUUUUUAAAUGAACAUAUGACGGCAUCUGAAAUUGAGUUUUAUGAGGAUAAAUUACAAAGUAAUACUGAUUUAGUUGUUGUUGAACGUAACUUGGAUAUGAUGCCAGUAUUAUUUAGCCAGUUGACGUAUCAUGGUAUUAUUGAUGACUUGUUUGACAUUGAAUUUGGUUCCGUAGUCAAUUUGAAACAAGAUGUUAAUAAAAACUUAUCCAAAGAUGAAUUGUAUAAUCAAGAUUUAAAACACCUUAAUUUCUCGGCUAUUGGAUCUAGGUUGAACAAAAUGGCCAAGCUAAUCCAACAGAAAUUUAAAGAUUCAGGUAGUAAUUCUGGAGGAGGAGGAGGAGGAGGAGGGGGUGAUUCAAAUAUUGAUGAUAUGAAAAAUUUAGUUUCAAAUUUAGGAAGUUUAACAUUACAACAAGAUUUAAUUAAAAAACAUACAGUUAUUGGAGAAGCAGUACUUUCUAAAAUCAAUAAUGAGUAUGAAAAAUUUCUAACAUUACAAAAUGAUAUUUUUGAAAUGGAUUACAAAUUGCAAAUGUCCAAUUUAAAAUCAUUUAUUAAUGCCAAUUAUCAAAUUGAAUUUAUAUGGCCCACUAUUCUUUUAAUUGGAUAUAUUAACGAUGGCAUUUCAAGUAAAGAUUUAGAGAAAAUUUCAACCGAUCUACAAGAUAAUUAUGGAUUAGUUGCAACUAUAGCUUUGGAAAAAUUGGUUGAUUUGAAAUUGAUUAGAGUUUUAGAUGAAUCUUCAACGGAUUUUUUCACCUCACUAGGAUUGACAAGCCAAAAGAAGCACCAAAAUGUCAACCCUGUUCAUGAAGAUGAUAGCGAUGUAGCUAUAACUGGAGGUAAAGAUGUACUCAAGAGCAACUAUACCCUAGUUAACAAAUUUUGGAAUUUACAUCCUUAUGAAGACGAUGUGAUUGAACCAAAUGCCAUAACAACCCCAAAUCAAGAUCUGACAAAUCUUUUACAACAAUAUCCUAAUCCAUCUUUUACAUUACCAGGUAAUACAGUUCCCCUAACACUUCGCAUCAUUGAAUCCUUAUAUUUCCGCGAUUUCCUCAAAUAUAAACCAGUUAAUAAUAUUAAAUCACGACCAAAUUGGGAUAACCUUGGUUUGAAUACAAUGAUUGCGGGAAAAGUUGUUGACAUGAAUUUAGAUGAAGUUAAUGAUGAUAAACUGAAAUAUUUGGUGAUUGUAUUUAUCGGGGGAAUUACCAGAAGCGAAGUGACAUGUUUAAAGUAUUUGCAAGAAAAGUUCAAAGCUAGACAAACACCAAAAGAAAUAAUUGUAAUUUCAAAUGGAAUAGUCAAUAACAAAAAUCUUUGGCAGUAUAUCACUGAAUAA